AUGGCUCUCAAUAGCGUCAUCUCUUCAGACGUGGCUACAGAGGAGUGCAGAGAAUCCCUGGCUUUCCCCCAGAGGAGGGAAACAGAGCCGACAGCGCAGAGGCACGUGGAUUUAUCACAGCAGUACAUCUGUGGACGCUUUACCUCCAUGGAUGAGCGAGAAAACAAAUUGUGUCUCAAGAGAUAUGUCAGUACACACUGGCAAUAUGAGGAAUGUAAAUUGUCUCGGUCCGGCCCACCUGCCACCAUCGUCACUAUUGAUGAGGAGAGCCCCAAUGGUACAGUGUUGGUGGAGAACAUGCAGAUUAAUGGCCGUGCUGAGGACCCAGACAGAACUAUCUCUCUGACUCUGUUAGACAACUAUGACCACUGGGUCAUACUGGACCCCGCUCAGCAGAGACUCUACCUUAACAGCACAGGACGAGUGCUGGACCGGGAUCCCCCUUCCUACAUCUCAACCAUAGUGGUUCAGGUGCAAUGCACCAAUGAGCUCAUUGGAACGGUUAUUCUCCACGAGGUGCGUAUUGUCGUGAGAGACAAGAAUGACAACACGCCUCGCUUCCAACAACCGCGCUACUACGUGGCCAUUAACGAGCUCACCCCAGUUGGGACCACCAUCUUCACCGGCUUCUCUGGAAGCAACGGAGCCACGGACAUCGAUGACGGACCCAACGGACAGAUCGAAUACGCCAUCCAGUACAAUCCCAAUGAUCCGGUCUCAAAUGGAACGGUGCGGGUGGCUAACACACUGUCUGGUAAUAUAGUUCUGGCUGAGAGGUUGAACUAUGAGGAACGGACACGCUACCUGAUCAUUGUCCAAGCUAAUGACCGGGCCCCGUAUCCAGGUAACCGACGCACAGCCACAACUACACUGACGCUUGACGUGUUAGAUGGAGAUGACCUGGGACCUGUAUUCCUGCCCUGCGUUCUGGUCAACAACACAAGAGACUGUAACCCCAUUACGUACCGCGUGGCUAUUCCAGAGUUCACUGAACCGAGCAAGCUGAAUCCGCUGAACGUGACCCCGCCCAUCAGGGCAGUGGAUCAAGAUCGCAACAUCCAGCCGCCUUCGGACCGGCCCGGGAUUCUCUUCUCCAUUUUGGUUGGCCAUCCGGCGGGCUACAGAGAUUAUUUCUCUCUCAACAAGACCACGGCGGAACUCCGCGUGCUCAGACCAGUCAGCCGAGACCUCUACCAAUCCUUCACCCUCGUCAUCAAGGCGGAACAGGACAAUGGGCACCCACUCCCAGCGUAUGCUGAUUUGAUCAUUGACAUAUUGGAUGAGAACAAUCAGGCUCCGUAUUUUCAGCGGGCGUCUUACCAGGGUUAUAUUAGCGAGUCUGCCCCAGUGGGCGCCACCAUCGCUGGCAGCGCCAACCUCACUGCCCCCCUAGGUAUCGUUGCCCUGGACAACGACAUAGAGGAGACCAAAGACCCAAGAGUGCUGAUAACACUAAGUGAUUACACCUCUGUCUUCUCCAUAACUCCAUCUGGCAUAACCCGUUACCUCACGCUGCUCACACCAGUGGACCGAGAGAGACAGAUGACCUACACUUUAACGUUGGUGGCCUCUGACGGCGUUCAGCAGAGCAUGCCGGUGACAGUUAACAUUCUGGUCGUCGACGCUAACGACAACACGCCGACCUUCUCCCAGGUGUCCUACAGCGUGGAGGUCUUUACGAACAUGCAGCCCGGAGAGACUGUGCUUCAGUUGACAGCGCGUGAUGCGGAUGAGGGACUGAACGGACUAGUAACUUACUCCAUCUUGGCUGGCGACCAAGGCGACUUUGUCAUCAAUAACCGCACGGGUCGCAUCACCAUAGCAAUGGGGGUCACCCUUAGUGUCGGCCGGUCCUACGCCCUAACGGUCAGGGCCUCUGACAACGCCCCUGAGGCGGAGAGAAGGAGUUCCAUCACUACAGUGUACAUUGAGGUUCUGCCUCCUAACAACCAGAGUCCUCCACGGUUCCCUCUGCUUACGUACAGUCUGGAGAUAAGUGAGGCCAUGAGGAUUGGGGCGAUUCUCCUAAACCUCCAGGCCACAGACCGUGAGAAUGACCCAAUUCGAUAUCUGAUUAUCAGCGGAGAUGAACAGAAAGUUUUCAACUUGUCUGAAACUAUAGGUUUGCUGCUGUUGGCUAAACCACUGGACAGAGAGACAACUGACCAAUACCGUCUCCUCGUCACCGCGUCAGACGGCCACCAAGGCGGGACUUCCACUGCCACUGUCAACAUUGUAGUCACUGAUGUCAACGACAACGACCCAACCUUUGACCCUACCCUGCCAAGGAACCUGACAGUUCAGGAGGAGCAGGCCAACGUGUUUGUCGGCCAAGUCAGGGCUACGGAUCCAGACGCAGGGCGGAACGGUCAGGUGCGUUACCGACUCCUCACUCACGCCGCCCUCUUCAACAUCAGCUCCAACGGCAGCAUCUUCACGGCCGUGCCUUUGGACCGCGAGACCCGCAGCCAGUACGACCUGGUGGUGGAGGCGUCCGACGGAGCCGUGGACCCUCGCAGGACCACCCUCACCCUGACCGUGACCGUGACAGACAUCAACGAUAACAGCCCCGUCUUCUCCCAGCCGUCGUACACGGUCAACGUUCCGGAGAACACUCCCGCGGGAACCGUCAUCCUGCAGCUCAGGGCGGUGGAUGCGGAUCUGGACUCGAAUGUGACGUAUCGUAUCCGAACGGAGGCAGCCCGACAGCUCUUUUCCAUUGACAGGUUCACUGGGAAUCUCUCCAUGCUCCAGGCACUGGACUUUGAAGACCUGGCAGGCCAGGGUGCUGCCUACACCUUUCAGGUGGAGGCAUUAGACAAAGAUGGAGCCCUGCCCCCAGGCAUUGCCACUGUUACAGUACGAAUCACGGACAUGAAUGACUUCUCUCCGGUCUUCAGUCAAGCCAUUUAUAGAGGCAUGGUGGCCCCCAAUGCAGAAAAGGGAACAGUCAUCACGACUGUGUUUGCAGAAGAUAAGGAUCCUCCUGGCACUGCGGCCAGUAGAGUGCGCUACAGGGUGGAUCAGGACCAGUCUCCAUACAGUGGCAGCAUCUUUGAUGUGGAGGAGGAGUCUGGCCGAGUGAUCACCAAGGUCAACCUCAAUGAAGAACCCAGUGCCACGUUUAGAUUGGUGGUGAUUGCCUUUGACGACGGAGAACCGGUGAAGCAGAACAGAACCAUGGUUGAGAUCACUGUUCUUCAACCCUCUAGAAUUCCUAUCUUCACCCAAGAGGAAUACAGGUUCAGUCCAGUCAGCGAGAGCGCCCCAGUGGGCCAGCCAGUGGGCAUGAUCUUGGCGGCUGCCGUCAACACCACCGUAUUCUACUCCAUCGUGGGAGGAAAUGACGGGGGAGAGUUUAUGGUGAAUAACCGUACGGGUGUCAUCUACACGGCCAAACCACUAGACUACGAGACAGUGACCAGCUAUGAGCUGAGGGUACAGGCUGACUCCUUGGCCAUAGUCAUGGCCAACUUUCGAGCGCCCUCCAAAACGAACACGGCAAAGGUCUUUAUUGAAGUGCAGGAUGAGAACGAUCAUCCUCCUGUCUUCACGGAAAAACUUUACAUCGGAGGUGUGACCGAGGACACCAAGACCUUCACCUCCGUCCUCAAAGUCAUUGCCACAGACAAGGACACGGGAAACUACAGUAAGAUGGCCUACAGGCUGAUCAUUCCUCCGACAGCAGAUGGUCAGGACAGCUUUGUGAUUGAACAGUACACAGGCGUUAUCAAGUCCGCCAUCAUGUACCGCAACAUGCGCCGCUCCUACUUCAAGUUCGAGGUCAUCGCCACGGACAACUACGGAGAGGGACUGAGCGGCAGUGCAGAGGUUGUGGUUUCUGUGGUGAACGCACUGGAUAUGCAGGUGGUGGUGUCUAAUGUCCCACCCACUGUAGUAGAGGAGAACAAAGAACAGCUGAUUGGGAUUUUGGAGCGCUACGUUCAGGACCAGAUCCCCGGAGCUAAAGUCAUCGUGGAGUCUAUCGGAGCGCGACGCUUCGGAGACGGCUUCGAGCAGGAGGACUACUCCAAAUCUGACCUGAUGGUUUACGCCAUCGACCCUCUCACCAACAGAGCCAUAUCCAGACAGGAGCUGUUUAAGUUCCUGGAUGGUAAACUCUUGGACAUUAAUAAAGAGUUCCAGCCGUACUUGGGGCAGGGCGGACGGAUCCUGGAGAUUCGCUCGCCCGACGUGGUGGCCAGCGUGAAGAAAGCAGCACAGGCUGUGGGUUACACGGAGGGGGCGCUACUGGCCCUCGCCAUCAUCAUCAUUCUCUGCUGUAUCCCGGCAAUCCUUAUCGUCAUGGUUACCUACAAACAAUUCAAAGAGAGACAAGCAGAAUGUGCCAAAACCGCCCGAAUCCAGAUGGCGCUUCCUGCUGGCAAAACGGCGGGUGGAGCUCCAGCCAAUCUGUAUGAGGAACUCGGGGACAGCAUGAUGCAGCGUGGAUAUGGCAGAGAGCAACAACAGCUGUUGAGACCAUCUUUGCUCAGACCUGAGGCCCUCUCUAUGGAGUCAGGCAUUGACCCUGGACAAGACUACUACACACAGGAUUACUAUAAUUAUGAUCAAGGGUAUGACCCAUAUCCUCAGUAUGGCAGCCGCAGGAAGCUGAUAUCUCCCAUGUAUGAUGAGUAUGGAGAGGCUGUCAUGGAAGAUGAUGGUUAUUAUUACAGCCCCCAUGGCUCAGAGGGUCGGGGAAGAGGGCGAGGUAUGAGAGGGAGAGGACGUGGGCGUGGCCCUCCCAAACGUGUGGGAUUCCAGGACAUUCCACCAGAGGGAGAGAUCGAACAGGAAGAACCCACAGAACCCACUGUGGCCGAGGGUGAAGCAGCAGCUGAAGAGUCCAAGGCUGCAAAGAGACUGAAGUCCGUCAUGAAGCUCAGCAAGCUGCUGGCUGCAGGGAAAAAAACCGAUCCUCAGAAAUCUCCUUGGAAGAAGGCCAAGAUUUUCCCUAUAAUGUUUGGGAAAGGUAAGAAGGAUCAAGACUAUGCUAAGCUGACUUCGGCACGACGCAUUGACAGCCAAGAGAGCUUAGCAGAAGGGCCAAGCCCUGGUGGCCUCAUUGAUGGGGCCCCAUCUAAAGCCAAGAGCCAGCUAGGAAAAGUCUUGAAACGCAUUAACCUGAGCAAGAAACUGCAAGCCAGACGGAAGUCGCAAAGCAGCGUGAGCCGAAGCUCGGCCAGCGAGAGGGAAGAAUCUGUGGCCGACUCGGAGAAAGAGGAAAAGAAAUCAAAAGUGUCCAUUAGCGUCAGUGAACCGGAACCCAGUGGGAGUGGGUCAGAGGCAGAGAGCAAGAAAAAGGGAACGGAUGAAGAUGAAGAAUCAGAGCGAAGCAGUGUAGCUGCUUCAACAGAGGACAAGGAUUACCUCAAGGUUGAUCUCGACCGAGACGAUGCAAAUGAGAGCACAGUUGACUCUGAGUCGGAGCCAGAAGAGCAUUCUGAAGAGUCUGAUGAGGAGAGCAAAUCCAAGUCAGAGAAGGAAGAGACCGGGACGGAGAAAGAAUCAGGUACGGAAAAAGAAUCCGAAUCGGAAAAGGAGUCUGAAUCGGGGAAAGCCUCUGGAACAGAGCGUGAAUCAGGGACAGAGAAAGAGUCGGAGACAGAAAAAGAGUCGGAGUCGGAAGAAGGGUCGGGCUCGGAGGAGGAGUCUGAGUCAGGGAAAGCAUCGGGAACAGAAAAGGAGUCGGGGACUGAGAAGUCAGGGACUGAAGAAGAGGCCAGCACGGAGAAAGGCUCUUCCACCGAAAAAGACUCCGAAGAGGAAUCCGAGGAGGACGAAGACAAAAGCAUGGCAUCCGAGGAAUCCAAGGGAUCGGUCUCAGAGUCCGAAAUGUCCUCUGCUCGCUCGUCCAUGAAAUCGUCUCGGACUGGAACCAGUAAAGGAUCCUCAGAAAGGUCUAGCACAACAGCACGGAGCAGUGUCAGAAGUAGUGCUAGUGCUUCUGAGAGUGGUAGCGGUAGUAUCUCUGGUAGCGGAAGUGGCAGCAUCAGUGAGAGUGGCAGUGCAUCUGGUGGGAGCUCCAUCAGUUCGCAAAAGUCCUCUAUAAGAUCUUCACAAAGUGCUGUUUCAGGUGCUUCAGGUAGUAGUGAAACGGAGGCAGGAUCAGGAGUUUCCAUGUCUGCCGGAUCUGGAUCAAGAUCCUCAAGGGCGGAGGACACAGGCUCCACCAAGAGUAGUCAGCUGAGUGAUGCCAGCUCAGUAACAGGCAGCGAGAGGAGUACCACCAGCUCAAGAUCAAGCGGGGGCAGUCAACGCUCCCGCAAGUCUAUCCUCACACGCUCCUCACAGGAUACCAUAGAUGAGGAGAGUGAGGAAGGCCAAGAGGAGGGAUCUGAAGAAGAGGAUGAAGAACAUACAGAAGAGAGCAAAGAGUUGGCUAGCGAGCUCAGUGAGGGAUCGAUGUCACGGAGGUCUAGUGUGUUUUCGGCAACCGGGAGCGGAGGGGCUCCAAGUCCAUAUGUGGGAACACCGUAUGGCACAGAGAGCAGCAGUAGCAUGACGGAAAGCUCGGAUGAAGCCUUUGGAGGACUCUCGCCCAUCACUGAGGUGGAUGAAGAUGCCAUAACAUCUGGCAAAACUUCUGUGGCCAGUGGUUCGGCCUCAGAUAGCGCUUCAGAGGCCGGAUCGCGACAGUCAGGAGAUUCUGGAAACACUGGAGAAACAUCAGAUGCAGACUCAGAAUCAGGAGACACUGCGUUUUAA